AUGGCGUCUCCAGCUGCAUUGCCUCCGCUACCAUUCAACCCUUCGAGGGUCCGGUCAUACCUACUUCGAUUGCCGCUGUUUACCCGACUUGUUGUUCUUGUGAUAGUUUUAUUUUGGCUCCUUGAAUUGCAGACGGUUUGGAGCGUAGUACAAUGGGGUUCUCUGAUUCCGGAUGAGAUCGGACUCAGUACUAUGUACCGGCUCAAUACCUACCCUGUAAUUCACACAGGGUUCUUCCAUACUUUUAUCAACCUGUUGGCUGUGACACCUUUGCUUGAGCGCUUUGAAGCUGAGCAUGGAACAUUGACUGCCGUCGCCUUGUUCAUAGGACCUCUUUCCACACUCCCGGCGGGUAUCUACCUUGUGAUCGAGAAGUUCAUUCUGCAUAGCAAUACCGCCGUGGCUGGUGCAAGCGUCUGGGCAUUCCUCCUUCUGGGCUCUGAAUCGAUCAGGACUUUCAAGUCGAACCCAUACUUUAGCCUUGGAAAUUAUAAGAUUCCUACAUGGACCUCCCCCUUGUUCGCUUGCGUUCUUGUAUGGAUUCUGGUACCCAACACUAGCUUCCUUGGCCAUCUUUGCUCGGUGCUCAUUGGGUAUCUGCUUGGCCUUGGAUACCUCAAAUUCUUCGUCCCACCGGAGAAGAUCCUAAGAUGGAUCGAAGGAAAGCUGAACCUAUUGGGACGGUUGCCCCAUUAUGUGUCAGUUGACCAAAAGACGUACGGCCGUUACGGAGUCCUUCCAACUGCCGGCGCCCCUGGAGGUGAGAGAGGAACAACGAUGAGCUUCCUCGGGGGUUCGUCGCAGCGUCUGGGGCCUUGA